UGUCAUUUGUCAAUUAACAAUUUGUCAGUGAAAAUUUUGUAAUCGAUAGAAGACGUCGUUUUCAGAGAGCAGUGAUCAAACGCAUUUAUAAAGUGAUAAAUAUAUUUGAAAAAAAAAAUGCCUCGACGAGGACGAUCUGCAAGUCCACCUCCAGCUCCUCAGCGAAGAGCUGCGGCUCCUCCACCACAGCGAAGCAAUGUACCAGCUCAUGCUCCUCCGUCAACCCCAGCCAUGGCCACUGCGCAGCCUCAGCAGCCUUCUUUGUUUGGCCAAAUGGCAGCCACCGCCGGUGGAGUUGCCGUAGGCUCAGCUGUGGGUCAUGUGGCUGGUAGUGCACUGACUGGUAUGUUCAGUGGAGGAAGCAGCGAGCCUGCGCAGCAACAGCAAGCCCAGCCCGCCCAGCCAGCUUACAACCAAGGACAACAACAACCCCAAGGACCUUGCGCCUGGGAGAUCAAGCAGUUCAUUGAGUGCGCCCAACAACAGCACGACCUGUCUCUAUGCGAAGGCUUUAAUGAGGCUCUGCGUCAAUGCAAAGUGAACAACCACAUCUAAACAAGCUGAUACUUAGGUGUCUCAAGCAACACUAUAUAUCAUAUUCUAUAUUGUACCAUACAAUAUGUUGAUUGUAUCCUACAAAUCUCUAUCAUUGUUACGUAAACUAUAUGCCCUUAGGGUUAACAGCUUUAAAGGCUACCUCAGAAUGCAAACGUUCCAUUUUUUCAACAUGAGACACCUACCGAGUAAUUUUUAUCCUCAAUUUAGUUAAUUAUCAAUUAUCAUAAAGAUGUUGAUCAUUAAAUUUUUUUAGUAGAUUUAUUUUUAUUACAAUGACGUAAUUUAGUAAUAAAUAAAUUUCCUGUUUAUUUUACAUUUCUAGUAAUAUUUUUAAUUAUAAAUAAAAGACAAUAAACCAUUAAUAA